AUGGACGAGCGGCUGCUGGGGCCGCCCCCUCCAGGCGGAGGCCGGGGGGGUCUGGGAUUGGUGGGCGGGGAGCCUGGGGGCCCUGGCGAGCCUCCCGGUGGCGGAGAUCCCGGUGGGGGCAGCGGGGGGGUCCCGGGAGGCCGAGGGAAGCAAGACAUCGGGGACAUUCUGCAGCAGAUAAUGACCAUCACCGACCAGAGCCUGGACGAGGCCCAGGCCAAGAAACACGCCCUAAAUUGCCACCGAAUGAAGCCUGCUCUCUUUAGUGUGCUGUGUGAAAUCAAGGAGAAAACCGGCCUCAGUAUCCGAAGCUCCCAAGAGGAGGAGCCGGUGGACCCACAGCUGAUGCGCUUGGACAACAUGCUUCUGGCAGAGGGUGUGGCUGGACCCGAGAAAGGGGGGGGAUCAGCAGCAGCAGCUGCAGCUGCUGCAGCCUCGGGGGGUGGCGUGUCCCCUGACAACUCCAUCGAACACUCAGACUAUCGCAGCAAACUUGCCCAGAUCCGCCACAUCUACCACUCGGAGCUGGAGAAGUAUGAGCAGGCAUGUAAUGAGUUCACAACCCACGUCAUGAAUCUGCUGAGAGAGCAGAGCCGCACACGGCCUGUGGCGCCCAAGGAGAUGGAGCGCAUGGUGAGCAUCAUCCAUCGGAAGUUCAGUGCCAUCCAGAUGCAGCUUAAGCAGAGCACCUGUGAGGCUGUCAUGAUCCUGCGUUCACGCUUCUUGGAUGCCAGACGAAAACGCCGGAAUUUUAGCAAACAAGCCACUGAGGUCCUAAAUGAGUAUUUCUAUUCUCACCUGAGUAAUCCAUAUCCCAGCGAGGAGGCUAAGGAAGAACUCGCCAAGAAGUGUGGCAUUACUGUCUCUCAGGUUUCCAACUGGUUUGGCAACAAGAGGAUUCGCUAUAAGAAAAAUAUUGGGAAAUUCCAAGAGGAGGCAAAUAUCUAUGCCGUCAAGACCGCCGUGUCAGUCACUCAGGGGGGCCACAGCCGCACCAGCUCCCCGACACCUCCUUCCUCUGCAGGCUCUGGCGGCUCUUUCAAUCUCUCAGGAUCUGGAGACAUGUUUCUGGGAAUGCCUGGGCUCAACGGAGAUUCCUAUUCUGCUUCCCAGGUGGAAUCGCUCCGGCACUCCAUGGGGCCUGGGGGCUAUGGGGAUAACCUUGGGGGAGGCCAGAUGUACAGCCCCCGGGAAAUGAGGGCAAAUGGAGGAUGGCAGGAGGCUGUAACCCCAUCCUCAGUGACAUCCCCGACGGAGGGACCAGGGAGCGUUCACUCUGACACUUCCAACUGA